AUGUCUAUUUCUCUUUUGCAGACCAAUCGUUUUAUAAUCCUUGUCUUUAAUGUUUACAUGCAAAUGGAUGUGUCUAGUUCAAAGUUCGAAGUUCGAGGUGCAAAGUGGGAAGUGGAGGGAAGUGGAGGGAAGGGAAACGAAGGGAGAUGGGGGGAGGCGGGGGUGAAUUGUAUUGGAGUUGGGGUUUGGGGUUUGAGGUUUGAGAUUUGA